CAAUAUUUUUCGCAUUUUCCGUUAAAAAUCAUCGGAGAUUGUUACGUAAUCGACCGGAAGUAAACUGGUGACAAUCACGAUAGCAUUCAGGAAUACUAAAACUUUUAUUAAACUUUUAAAAAGUGUCUCUUAGGUUUAAUAAUUUGCUUCGAACUCACCUCACCUCACCACUCACUUACCUAUCUCUUAAGGGCAAGAAUUGAUGUUUUACACACCCAAAGAGCUAUCCCUUGUGGUUAAAAUUGAUUUGACUUUCGAUGCUAGCCCUUGUCUAUUUUUUUAGACCGGAUUAUAAGCCGCCCUGGGGUUGAAGAGACGCAUAAGGCUGUGUCCCUUUCAAGAAGCCACCGGAAAAAAUAAUUUCCUCUUUUCUUCUCGUAAUGCCCUUAACUUUAUUCUCGUAACUCCUUUACUGUCGAAUCCAUUGUAUCGCGACGCCGCAUUUUCAAAACAUCGAUUUGUUUUUGUUUUUUUCAGUUGGGAUUAGGGAGACCGAUGUCAAGAGAUCUGAAGAUCCAGGGAAGCGUCAAGGAUUAAAUAGUCUUUUAAGGCGCAUCGAAAGGUCAAAUAUUCCACAAGCAACAGCACCUGUGACAUCAGGUGUACCAGUACCACAAGCAGUCCAUGGGGUGUCAGCAGCAACACAGGCAUCCCAUGGAAUGUCAGUACCACAGGUAUCCACUGCACAGCCAUCCCCAAAAGCGACAGCUUUCAAGGAAUCUACAGAUCAAGGAUUAAAUAGUCUUUUAAAGCGUAUCGGAAGGUUUAAUAUUCCACAAGCAACAGCGCCUGGGACAUCAGUACCACAGGCAACCCAUGGAGUGUCAGUGGCAGCACAGGCAUCCCAUGGAAUGUCAUUACCACAAGCAUCCGCUGCACAGCUAUCCCCCGAAGCGACAGCUAUGACAGCGUCCUUGCAGAUUCCGCACAAGAGAGAAACGUCGUCUGACUUGCCAAUCGCAAAGAGAAUGGAAACAGAUAAACCGGGAAUCCCAGCAUUACAAAAAUCAAAAAACGAAAAAAAGACACUUGGGAAAGGGGAAAGCUUAUUACAUGAUCAAAGCACAUCUUCUGCUUCUAUGAUAAAAUCUGAGAAAUCAGAAACAGCAAAGCCAAACGAAGGAACAACAAUCGAAACGAUUGGAGUCUCUACACAGACAAGAAACUCUGGUUGGUACCAAGGAACUGUAUGUAAAGUUGUUGAGCGAGCUGUUUUUGUGAAACCUGCGACAGCCCUACCAGAAGAUUACACCGAGAAGGACGUGUACAUGCGACCUGACGCCCUGGGAUCAAGUCUGUUGGCUAUCAAGAGAGGAGACAGGCUAGAGUUUGUUUUAGGUAACAAGGAUCAGGAUAAGGUGAAGCCAAGGGCAUUUAGGGUGAGAUCGCUUGGGUAUGCUCCGCGCGGCGUAGCGGAGCUGCAAGAAUACCUGGAGCAGUACUUGGAGAAGCUGGAGAAUACUGACUCCAACGGGCGUCAGGCCCUUCUGCUGGACACUCUACCCUGUAAGGCACUGUGGGAGCUGCUUGGAGACAGCAUCUUUCCGAAGAACACCGUGAAAGUUGUGGACUACAUGAUAGCGCUCCUGGGGCUGAUUGUUCGGUUAAUGGACACUGGAAAGAUUAACAGGAAGUUGAUUGAGGGCAUGACUUCAACCCUUCUGCAAGGCGCCUUGUUUCGGGAUCACGAUGACAAGGUGGGCCUUCCUGCAGCUAUCCGUGACAAUCCUAUGGAGUCUUACUUUCAUGAGAGAGUUACUGAUCUUUGCAUGGGCGUGGCACGACACGUGCCUGAUGCUGCAAGAGCGCUUUUACCAACUGUGAAAGCGCUCUGUGAAUCAAUGUCGGGUGAGAAGACGCCCUUUCUCCUCGACUUACUCCAAAUGCUUUUGUUACGCGGCGGCUCCUGCCUUCCAGAGUUAAGCACGUGGAAUGAGAUGCCGUUGGUUCCUGGAAGCAAGGAGCUGGCGGACCAGCUUGUAGUGGAAGACCCUCAUCUGUCGCGAGUCAAAAUGGGCUCAGAAACCUACAGUGGAUCAGAGGAGUACAUGGACACUUAUUUCAGAUUGCUUCACGCAGAGACGUUCGCCUCUAUCCAACGCGGCAUCAAAGACCUGAAGAACAGCAAGCUUGACCCGCGCGACAUGCACGUGUACUUCAAAAUUCAGUUAUCAGGUUACGAGGUCCAUAACGCCGUGUUCUCCCUCGCCCUGCAGUUCACCCCUGCCAAGCCCGUGACCAAAUGGGAGGCAUCGCCACAGCUCAUGUUCGGCAAUCUGCUCUGCUUGUCGCCGAACAGGACAUUUGAAGACGCCAUAUGGGCCACUGUGAGCAACAGGGAUACCAACCUUCUCAACAAGUCUCAGCUUAUUACUGUGGAGCUUUUAGACUGCAAUACAUUGAGUGUCAGUGACGUCAUAAGCAGUCUGCAGCUCAAUGAUGGGCUAACGGUCAUGGUAGAGUCACCUACGUACUUCCAUGCCCUGAGACCUGUACUUAAUUCCCUUCAGAAGUUUGAAAUGGAAGACUUCCCGCUCAAGAAUGAGAUAGUGCACGCUAAUUCAUCGACGAAUUUGCCAGCGUACCUAGACUCUGCACAAACUAUCAACACAAAAGCAAUUGAGGCUAAUGUCACUGAUGCAUGGGAUGUGGAUGUUGACGAGUUUCUCUUAUUGUUACCUAGAAACUUUAACACCCUAUUAGAGUUUAGUCAAAGCGAAGCCCUGGUUCAUGCCCUGAGUAAUCGAUUAGCUAUUGUCCAAGGACCACCUGGCUGUGGCAAGACGUUUCUUGGCGUCAAGAUAGUCCAGCUCCUCCUGUCUCUUCAGCCACAACUAACUGGACCCGUCCUGCUGCUGACUUACAAGAACCACGCACUUGAUGAAUUCCUGAAAGCGAUGCUUCAGUUCUGUGAAAAAGAAAACAUCGUGCGAAUCGGUGGAAGAUCUAAGGAGCCACAACUAGAGGAGUGCAAUUUGCAGACCAUCUUGAAAAAUGAGAGGUACACGCAAGCAAGGUUUAAUGAGAUUCGAGAUAUCCGGAUAGCAAUUGGUGAUAAAACGGAAGAAAUCAAAUCAAUAGCUGGUACCAUACGAAACAGCAGUUUCCUAACACCUGAAUCACUUCUGCAAGAGAUGUCUGAAGCACAGGUUGUUUCAUUCAUCCGGGAUGCCGGCUGGAACAAAACAACCCUCGUUUAUAGACCAAGCCCCAAGAUCUGGGCUAGUAGGGAAUGGGUAGCCAAGCUUGUGAUAUCCAUAGAGCAGGUCACCACCGUCAAAACCCUUGUUCUUCAUUGCUUCAAGGAGGGAGUUCCUAAGGAUAACACUGAUGCCCGCUACUGCUUUGAGUUGUUCAACAAGGCGCUAGAGACCUGGAUUCCCGAUCGGAAACAACUUGCAGAGCUAAGGAAUCUGGAGGCGAGAUUCGUCAAGGAAAGCUACGAUGACGUUGAGAAUGCAGCAGGCAUCAAUAUUGAGCAAAAAAAAGACAAUAGGCGCAAUGAUAACGAUGACGAUGAAUUCGAUGAGGAAGAAGUGCAGGCUCUUCUAGACGCUAGACUGUCAUCUCUCGGCGGCGAUGGAAGGGGAGAGAGAAAAAGGGAUAACUUGGUAUUAUUCGAGAAGAACAGCGCUGCAGUGCUUGUGAGUCUUCAGGAUUAUCCCCAGAACAUGGAGCCGAGUAGCGCAAUUCUAGCGGUGGAGAACCUGUGGUCUCUCAAGGGGAUGCAGCGUUUUCAGUUUCUUUACACGAUCCUGUACAACCGGUCCCACGGCACAGCUGACAAGCUGGGGGAGCUACUCGCUGAACUUGAAGAAUUGAGAGACCGCAAGCAAGGUAUCGAGACUCAUCACAAGCUCGGGGUCCUUCAAUCCAAGAAGAUUGUGGGUGUUACUAUCACAGGGGCGUCCAUUAACCACGACCUGCUGCAGCUACUUGAACCCAGCGUCGUUAUUGUGGAAGAAGCUGCGGAGAUCCUGGAGCCCAGUCUUCUCGCAGCGCUGACACCACAGCUACAGCAUCUUAUCCUCAUCGGAGACCAUCAGCAGCUUAGACCAAACGUGGAUACGUACAAACUCACGACUGAUUUCAACUUCAAUGUCUCGCUCAUGGAGCGCCUUAUCAAAAGCAACUUCCCAUACAAGACCUUAGCGAAGCAAAACCGAAUGCGCCCCGAGUUCUCAGCGCUCUUACACGACAUAUAUCCAAAGCUAGAAGACAACCUCCCCCGCGUAUCUCAGAACAAACCUCUGGGGUGCUUAGACAAGUCCAUGUUCUUCUGGACACACAAUCAUACUGAGAAGAAAGAACGCACCAUUACCAACGAGAAAGAGGCGGAGAUGGUCGCGUCUCUUGUGCUCUAUCUUCUAAGUAGCGGCUGUAAACCGAAUGAGGUGACCGUGUUGGCCGCGUACCUUGGACAGGUCAAAACCUUACGCGGGAAGAUGAAAAAGCACAGAAUCGAUUAUCCAGAGCUUCACCCCAAUGAUGAGCAAGUGACAGUGCAGACGAUUGAUAUGUACCAGGGCGACGAGAACAAGUAUGUAGUGGUGUCACUGGUCAGAUGUAACAACAAUGGGAAUGUGGGCUUCCUGAGUAAAAUCAACCGACGGUGCGUGGCGCAAUCGCGGGCUAAGUGCGGAAUGUACUUUGUAGGCAGCGCUGAUACUCUAAGGGGAAAAGAACAAGGCAGAAGAUGCUGGGAGAAAUUGCUGACCGGAAUGGAAGAGCAGAGAUGUGUGGGCUCUAAAAUUACUUUACAGUGUUGGAAGCAUAAAGAGCGCUCGUGCAAGCACGCAGAGAGUGCCUCAGACGUGAAGAGCGUCGUAGAUGAUCCGCUAUCUCUCUGCAAGCUGCGAUGCGGCGAUCAAAUGUCAUGCAAGAUUCCCGGUCACGUGUGCAGGAAGUCAUGUGCUCCGCGCCACGCCCACACCUUGUGCACCAUCAUCGUACAGGACACGUUCCCCUCGUGCGGGCACCCUGUUCAUCGAAAAUGCUAUGAACUUCUCAAUAAUCUGCGCUGUGAUACCAGAGUCUCCUACGUCUUCCCUGACUGUAAUCACGUGAGUUCCAAGAAGUGUCACGUGAACCCAACCCAGUUGAAAUGCGUGGAAAUGGUUGAUUAUCAUUUCCCCGGAUGUAAUCAUCCAUCGUCUAAGAAGAAGAAGUGCUAUGAAAAGAUCACGUGGAAGUGUGACAAGAAAGAGAAGUUUACCAAGAAGGAUUGCGGACACGAGCUGUUUAGGAUUUGCCAGCAAAAGGAAGAGGACGUCGUGUGUAACGUACCUUGUGGGCGAAACCGACAAGGGUGUGGCCAUCCGUGUACUAACCUCUGUGGCGAGGACUGCAGUAAAGGAGACUGCAAGAUUUGUGUUGAAAAGCAGCGAGAAAAGAUGGAGCAAUUUCACGAUAAGGCGAAAAGAAGAAUAGAAGAAAUCAAAGAAAAACUCAAGAAAGAAAAAGAAUUUUCCAUCGAGCAAAUAUCCCGAGACGGUGCAGGAUCAGCUGAGUUCCAAAAAGUAGAAGACCAAGUCUUGAAGUACAUCCAACAGUGCCACAACUGGUACCCGACUGUCCACAAAAUCGAAAAGGUAACGAACUUGAAGCUCGAGAAGAGAUUUGAGGAGGCCAAGUCAAGAGCAUUUGGUGACAACAUUGACACGAAGUUCCAUGGGACAUCGGACGAGGGCGUGGCGGAUAUCACUCGAGAUGGGUUUAGGCUGCCUGACCAAAACCCUCCCCCAGGCAAGCGAGGGAUGUAUGGGCAGGGAAUCUAUUUUGCCACAGACUCGUCGAAGAGCGCACAGGUCAUCUACAACAAGGACUCCAACAAACUCCUGGUGUGUCAGGUGUUACUGGGACGGAGCAUGAUUGUGAGGAAGGCUGAUCCAAAAAUGGACAAGGCGAAGCUCCGCAAUGGAAGAUACGAUAGUGUGUACGCACCUCGAGGCUCUGACGUCAUGAAUGAUGAGUUCGUCAUCUUUGACCCGGCACAGGCUCUUCCCCAGUACAUCGUGCACUACUCUACCACAGGCCUCCCUCCACCUCAACAGCUUCCUGCUGCAGGCCAGCAAUUUAUACAGAAAAACAUGAAGCCAUCUCGGACCGUGGACCCGAAAGAUCCUUUUCAGAACUACUACAACCUCGCCGCACAGCAUUAUCUCAGCAAGUGCCAGACAAAGAAGGAGAUAGAAUCAAUCGACGUCGUCAUCAACAACAAGCUAUUAAAAAAGUUUGAAGAAAAGCAGAAGGAGUUUAAAAGCAAAGGUAUCCCAGACGGAGAAAUUCUCGCCUACCACGGCACAAGUAGCGUCAAUAUUGACAGCAUUCUGCGUAACAACCUCGAUAUCAAGUUCGCCCAAAGACAGGCAUACGGUCGAGGAAACUACUUCUCGGAAUUCCCUGAGAUCAGCAUGGGUUAUGGUGACGGGUUGCUGCUAUGUCGAGUUCUCCCAGGCCGUGAGUGGGUGGACAAUAGUAGGAAUGACAUCCUUCAAGGGUACGAUUCCAAGAAAGUUCUCCACGUGCAAAGAGGACAACCAGCCGCAAAUGCUUUCGGUGUCAUGGUCAUCAUCGAGAACUCGGAUCAGAUCCUUCCUUACUUCGUCAUUCAUCUCAAGUAAGGGGUAACCAUGGUGACCUAGACUGUCACUCAAGUAUAUGGAAGCUUUAAAUCGAUACACCAAAAACUUGAAAUCGACUCGCCAAAUUUUCGUCUUUAAUAAGACUUCUUCAGGGCAUAUGAUUAAUACAGGUAGUUCUUAAUUAGUAUGGUCAAAUGGCCGGUCUUUGUUAUAUUCACCAAGGAUGUUUGCUUUAUGGAUGAUCAUCCAAGAUAAAAUAUUACACCAAAUGUAUAGCUAAGGUAAAACCGGCUUAGCGAUUGAGGUUUUGAGUAACGUGCAAACUUGUGGAAACAGCUAAACAAUCUUCCAGCCAAGGAGUUAACCAAACAGAAAUCCUGAUUAAAGUGGUUUUCAUUAACCCGUGAAAAAAGAAGUCUUUAAUAAGACUUCUCACACAGGGCAUGAUUAAUACACGUAUGAUUAAAACACAUGGUUCUUAAUAAGUAUGGUCAAAUGGCCGGUCUUUGUAAUAUUCACCAAGGCCGGGAUGGAUCCAGGCCUAAAGUUGACUGAUUCCAAAUGGUCACUGACCAAUCAAUGGGGGGGGGGGGGGGGGGGGGGGUAUAGGGGCAUGCCCAACAGGAAAUUUUUGAAAUUGAAACAUGCAAUCUGCAGAAUUUUUAGGGAUGCAUUUGGCAUUUUAGGAAUUUAUAUAGUGAGAUCAUAAAUUCAAGGUUACGUUUCACCGAUGCUGUAUUAAACUUUUGGUCAUUUAAAACUGAGUGACUUCAUUAAUCGAUUAGUCAGAAAAUAAAUACACUAUUUCUACAUAAUUCAACCAAAUUUGUGUUCUUGACAGUUAUUCUCUUCGAAUACCCCUUGGCAAUAUCCAAAUGGUGUGAUUGUAAUAUAUAAAAAACAACCUCUCCUUGCAUUAUAACGUAGCUUGUGCCACACAGACAGCAACUCCUAUAAAUAAUUGACUCCAUGACCUCUCCAAUUUAAGCAAUUUUACAGUGCGUUAUCCCAUCUAGUUGCUGAUCUAUUGGCACUUCUCCUUUUUGCAUGUUUCUCCUAGAUUCAUCCAUUAGAGGCAUCGAAAAUUCGUGUACUGGUCAAUUUUGCUCAUGUGUGGUAUCUUACCAGCCUAUUUACCUUACUAAAAUAACAGCCGAAAAUCUUCCCAAAUAAAACACAGGGCAAACAGAAAUACCAUUAAUAUACUAAGAAUACACUGUCCGGGGGUUUUGCUAAAAACAUUAUGUAUUUCACUUACGAGGGCGACCACUUUCCAUUGCCAUAACUCAUAGAGAAUUCUAAAGAGCUAUCGUCCUGUCGCCACACUUUCAUCAUUUUAAUGAUGGAAUUAAAAUUCCAACUUCUCUGGAUCUGAAUUCGAUCAAAUUCUACACCAUAAUCAAAAGGAUAACACUCCUUCUUUCGGUAGACAGGCUCUCCACGAGAAACGUCUGCAUAUUAUGAAGCCAUGCUUCGCUACUCAAGAUUUCGGUUCGAGAGAUGUGUACAAGAGAUCACACGCUAAAGCAAGCAAAGGCCUACUUUGUCAUGGGUAGCAUCGGGAUUUUAUUGUCAACUGAUUCCAAAGUGAUUCACAAAUUAUAGCAACCAAUCAAAACAGAGCUUGAGUAGUUCCGCGUGGGCCGUAGCCAAUCGGUGAAGAGCUUGAGUGGUUCAAGAACACGCGCAAAAUUUCUAAAUGCCCCCCCCCCCCCAAAAAAAAAAAAAUUGAUUUAUCACUCACCAUCAGGAGCAAUAUUUCCCCUGGGGGAACCGGAAAUGCGGCCUAAGCGCUAAAGGAAAUAACAGCGAAAUAACCAAGGAAGCAGGUCUUAUAGUGUUUAAAUAACAGACAACAGAUGGAUGUUUAUUUCUAUUGAACGUGUUAAAAUUCAAAUCUACGAAAAAGAAAGUUUUUCAGGGAUUUUGAGUGAUUCACUGAAAUCAGUUGAAUCAGUCUGGAUCCACCCCUGCAAGGAUGUUUCCUUUAUGGAUGAUUAUCCAAGAUAAAAUAUAAAAUAUUACACCAAAUGUAUAGCUAAGAUAAAAUCGGGUUAGCGAUUGAGGUUUUGAGUAACGUGCAAACUUGUGGCAACAGCUAAACAGUCUUCCAGCCAAGGUGUUAACCAAACAGAAGUCCUGAUUAAAGUGGUUUUCAUUAACCCGUGAAACAAAGUGUGAUUGUCAAAGUUGAAUAGUCUGGAAAACACAAAAGGGAACAAUGGAAUUAGAUCGCAAAUAAAGCGUAAUACGCUAAAGUGUAGUUCACAGUUAAUAUAAGACAAAGUGUUAUAUAUUUUUAAAAACCCGUGAAAUACUAUUUAGUUUAUUUAGUACCAAUACACAGUAAUGACUUUGUUUUCUUUUGUUCUGACUUUACUAUUACACUUUACAAACUACAUUUGUUGCAAGCGAUUUUAAAAACCACUCUAUUAACCAAAGAAAAAAAAGGGUUAUUCAAUUCGAUUUAUUUUAUUCAUUAUAUGUACAAAUGUUCAAUAAUACAAUAAAUGUUGUACGUACUAAAGUACA